CGCGACGGACGCGAUGGACGCGCGCGACGCGCCGAGGCGCGGCGACGACGAAGAGGUCGCGAUGGACGAGGGAAAGGACGCGAGAGGUAAGAGCGCGCCGACGACGUCGCGGACGACGACGAUGGCGCGCGCGAUCGCGCGGCGGGCGCUGCGGUCGGGGGUGCGAUUCGAUUGGGCGCGCGACCCGGCGCUCUUCGUGGCGGCGAGCGUGGCGGCGAUAUUCCUCGUCGCGUUGGUCGUCGCGGCGGUGACGACGGACGUCGGCGCGGGCGAUCGAGGAGGGAGUAAAUCGCACAUCGUCGGUCGACACGGGCGCGUGUCGAUGCGGACGAAGACGCCGGAACGAUCGUCGGCGACGGCGCCGCCGAGAGACGCCACGCGACGAUGGGCCGCGCUAGGAGUGCCGGAUCAGUGCUUGAAGAAUGAUUUCACGCCCACGGCGGUGAUUCCUGGGUUAGAGUUGCACGAAUUGGACGGUGAACGGGCGUUUUACCUGACCAAAGAGGCGAAGACGACGGAAAAGGUGCGCACGGCGAGCGAGUUGGAGGAGGAAGAGUCGGUGAAGGAGGAACUGAAGGAGGCGAAGACGGAGAUGAAGGAGGCGGAAAAGACGCUGGAGAGCGAGAUUGUGACAGAGGAGGAGGAGUUGAAGAUCAUUUCGGGACGUGAUCCGUUGCCGAACGUCAUCGGUAGGCGUAAAUUAUUGGGCGACGCGGACGACGAGGGAGAAGACGGCGCGCAAGACGUCGAGGUGGAGGUGCCUACGUCGACGCUUAUCCACAAAGACGGCAAGCUCGUGCGGAGGUAUAGAUUCCAAAACCCGCUAAUGUUGAGCGGAAUGACGAAAGACAUGGAUUGGAGGAAAGAAACCACGGAGCGGCAAUUAAUAUUUCACGCCGCGAACAUCACGGGCUACGACGCUCGCUGCCAAUUCAAAACGAUGCAAUGCGCCGACAUGGCGACAGACUUACUCGCACGAGCGCUCAAGGCCGAUGCGGCUGCCGUGGUGAAUCCACAAGCGAGCGCGGAGACGUUAAAGCGUCUGUCAACGGUGUUGAUUAAAUACUCCAACGAUCCGCGUACCAAGUUUAACGCCACCGACCUUCCGUCGCUUGGCGGCGCGCCGCAAGGCAUGGGCACCUGCGCGUGGACGACCGAGGCGGAGUAUAAUCCCGAAACUGGCGAACGAUACAACGGAGCUGUCAGUCGAUUCGCCACCGCUAUCGACGCGCACGACACGGCUGUGUACUGCAACGUCUUGACGGAACGCAAGUAUUGCAAAUUCACCAUGAUUCGCGACGGCCCGGAAGACGUGAUAACGGUGGAGUUGGACGAGCAAGCCUACGAAUCUGCGCGCAAGGUCGGCCGCAUCAUCCACGACUCGCUCUCCGCGGACCUCGAGCUAGGCUCGAACGUCGUCGGUUGGGGCUAUCGCGGCGACCCAUCACCGGCGUUCGUCGCCCUGCUCAUGCUCCUUCGAUCCAACCGCUGCGCGCGCGUCGACGUUUACGGCCAACCGGGCGUCCCGAUCGAUUGGUACCACAACGCUCGCGGUUACGCUCACAUGGUCGCCGUCCCGGGCACGUCCAAGGCUGACUCCCAGCUCUCCCGCGUCUUGUUACAGGAAAAGUUCUUUUACAGAACGUUGAUGCACUACGGAAAAAUGUGCUUUUUCAAAUGAUCGCCGCGUCGAAA